AGGCAAUUCUUCGAUGGUUCUGCAAUAAAACGAAUUUCUAUAGGCUUCAGUCUUUGGUGUUAAUUCAAUGAACUUGUCACUGUGGAAGGAUCAUAGUUGGUGAUUGCACCUUUUUGAUGUAGCUUGGGAUUUCUAAUCAUGAUUCACCGUGGAUGGCAUCAAGAAAUAGUGUGAGGCAAGCAAUUUUCUUAUAUCUUGGAGAGGGGGUCAAUCCUAGUCAUUAAGUAAGUUUGUGACAGUUACAGGUGUUUGCUUCCAACAACAACAACAACAACAAUGUAUUUAUUAACAGAACUAUAAAGUUCACAAUACUUUAUGCCCCACAAAUAGCUAUUAUGCUAAUCUAGGCAGGACAGGCAGAUUGCUGUUUGACAGCUUCUAUUUGCUUUAUAUGCUUGUCCUUGUCCAUCCAGGGGUUUCUCACUCUUUGACAGUUUGUUGUUUACUGUUUGCCUUAAGAUGCUUAAUUUUUUGAUAUCAACAAUUUUAUCAUUAUGAGAUCAGGUCAGGGUUCAAAUGUUGCCUUUCCUUGGCAGAUAUCAGGAGACAGCUUCCCUGGCCCUAGUCCAUUUAGCCUGUGUGGCUGGUGUUAAAAGGGGAAGGGGAAGGGGAAGGGGGAAUUUGGGCACACGAGCCGGCUAUGCAGGCUACUGUCCAUUGGGCAAUUAGCAUAAAAAUGUUCCCAAUAAUGAUAGAAUGAUAUUAUUGAUCAUUAUUGUGACAAAGUACAACCUGUAUUUUCAAUUCUCUUUCUGCUUACAGAGAAUUUGUUUAUUUUCUUAUUUUAGACUCAAGAAUGCUUAUUAGCUUGAGGAGGAAAUUUUUCUAUGCAGUUACACUGAUAACUGUAGCCUUGUUUGUGGUUUCCUUGUGGUCUGUAUAUCGUGAUGAGGUUGGUUUGCUAACAGCUUUGUAAGCUUAAAAAAGUGUUAUAAUACUGUAUGGUUUUAACAGUUGCAAAUACAUCCUGGAUAUCUGUUGAACUGAAGGUGCUAAAUAUGCUAGUAGUCCAUCAUUAGAAACAUUAAGUAAUCCUCCAGACUGAUCUCAAUACAUUUCCUUAAACAAUAAGUUGAGAGAAUUUGGUACUGUACAGCCCCCGGAAUGAUCCCCAACCCUGAAAUGAUCCCCAAAUCGACCCUGAAAUGAUACCGACCCUGAAAUGAUCCCCAUUUCUCCUCACGUCGACCCCGAAAUGACCCCCAUUUAAUUUUAGGAAUGGAAUGAUAUCCUAGAACUAUGGAUUGUGCAAAAUGCACAACAAUAUAACUUAAGCUUUGGGAUUACACUUUGAACUGGAUUAAACGCCGGAAAAUAUUAUUAUCAAAAAAAUACGCAAAUUCUAGUAUAUUUUUAGGAACACCAUGAACUGCAACUGAUAAUAUCAAGAAACAUAACAUUUUUUAAGUUAUCACUUAGGUGAUUAUAGCCCGGGUUAUAGAGAAAACUGCAUAGAUGUUGAAUUCUAAAAAUGUUGUUAAAACUGCAUGCCGUGGAGAUUGAAUUUUAAAAACGGUGUUUCAACACUUUUUAAAAUCUUAAAAUGAUGUUGAAGAUGCAAAAGUAUACAUAAAGGCGAUUAGAUGACAAAAGUGCUAAAAAAUCACAUCCACUGACUAGCAAAAUGUUUAAUUAAGGUAAAAAAAAAACACUGCAAAUACCAUGUACGAUCAAUCUUGCUCAACGUCGGAUCCAAAAAGAUCGUGAUCAGUCAAAAUAGAUCAAAUUGAAAACGUUACAGUCAAGAAGACUUUAGCAGGUUUCAGUCUAAGUCUUGGGUUUGUUUGUAAGUGCGUCAAUGCGAAGAAUGUCGGAAGCUCAUUGUAUUUGGAUCUUAAGGAAGGUUUUGUCGUAGCCGCGAAUAAACUUUUCAUUCUACAGGUGAGACCCACCACAUCAAAUCUCAUAUCACUUGUGAAACUUUUAAAGUUAUCUAUUUGAUUCAAUGUCGCCUGUGUAAUCUACAAUAUAUUGGAGAAACUAAACAUCGCCUCAAAGACCGUUUUAAUGAACACAGACGACCUAUACUCAACCCUACUGGUAAUUACAUCCAUACUGCAGUUUCAGAACACUUUCUAACCAGUAAUCAUUCCAACAGUCAUAUGCUUUUGACUCCUAUUGAAAAACGUAAAAAUGGGCGUGAUUCUUUCAGGAAAGCACGUGAAGCCCACCUUAUCCAUAAAGCUACGACAAUUGAGCCUCUGGGCAUCAAUAAAUGUGAUGAACUGUAACUAUACAUAGUAUAUCUUUUAUUUUUUUGUUAUCUUGUCUUUUAAAGUAGCCACCAUACCACGUCAUAUUAUGUAAUUUCCGGUCAUAAUUUUACUUCAUAUAUAUUUCUGUGAAUUCGUGAUAUCUCAAUUAACCUGAUGAAGACUGGUAUUGGCCAGUCGAAAUAUCGCAACUAAACUCUAUUUCACUUUGUUUGAUCAGUCGCUGCUAAAGUCUUCUUGACUCAGACUCAUACCCAUUCGCUAUUUAAGUAUUUUUUGGGAUGAGAGACGAUUGGGGAUUAGGUUGAGGUGCGCGCGGGGUCUCAUGGGAAGGGAAGAAGGAAAAAUACUGUUCUUGACUGUAACGUUUUCAAUUUGUAGCGAAAUGUUAAACGUGAUUUAAGAACGUAAACGCUGCAACAGAUUUGUAACAAUUCCGUGACGGAAUACAAGUUUCAUUCCAAGAAUUAAUUGGGGAUCAUUUCGGGGUCGACGUGAAGAGAAAUGGGGAUCAUUUCGGGGUCGAUUUGGGGAUCAUUUCAGGGUUAGGGAUCAUUUCGGGGUUGGGAUCAUUUUGGGGGCUGUACAGUACUCUUUUUAUAACCUCUCUACAUUGGCCAUCUACCUGUACCACACCAUAUAUUAAAAUUCCUACGAGUACUUCCAGUAAUGUUUGAAAAUUUGCUGCUAUGAAAACCAGUGACACUUUCCGCAAAUGCUGGUGUCAUGGAACCAGGAGCAUGUAUAUUCACAUUUUGUUUUAUUCUUGCUUGCAGGUCGAUAAAUGGGACAGUUGUGAGAAAGUGAUUUUGCAAAAUUCCUUUUCAAAUCUGUUGAGAAUAUUUCUGAAUCCUGACCAUAAAAAUCAUAAGACUGACCAAGACAUCUUGGACACAUAUGGCAGUAGACAAUGUCAUGAAAUUCUACGACAUGACUUUCCGCACCCUAUUGCCACAUCAAUAGAAAUUGAAUUUCCAAUUGCGUAUGGAAUACUUGUAUAUAAAGGUGGGCCUCUUCUUGAACAGUUACUCAAAGCAAUAUAUAUGCCACAUAAUGCCUAUUGCCUUCAUGUUGAUGUGAAGGCCUCUGAAACUUUCGAACAGGCUGUUAAAUCAAUGACCAGGUGCCUAAGCAAUGUCUUUAUCACGAAAGAAACUGUGGAUGUGAUAUGGGCUCAUAUUAGCAUCAUUCAAGCGCAGUUAAAUUGCAUGGAAGAUUUAUUGGAAAGUUCCAUUAAAUGGAAAUAUUUUAUAAAUUUAGUGGGACAAGAUUUUCCUUUGUAUGACAAUAAUGGCAUUGUAACUGCAUUGCAGACACUUCAAGGAAAAAACAAUAUUGAAAGUUUUCCUAUGCCUGAGCGUAAUAACUACCGCACACAAUUUGUUCAUCGCUUUGAAAAGACAGGUGAAUUUUCCCACGAUUACAGAAGAAUACAAACAUCACUUAGAAAAGAACCACCACCAUAUGGACUUAAACUUUUCAAAGGCUCAAAUCAUGUGGCCUUGACAAGAAAUUUUGUACAAUUCAUCUUGUAUGAAACAAAAGCCAAAGAAUUUUUUAACUGGCUAAAUGACACUUUUAUUCCUGAUGAAGCAUUCUAUGCUACUCUUCAACAAAUUCCCGAUGUUCCUGGUGGUAUCCAUGGAAACCACAGCUGGAUUAUGAGGAGACUGAUGUGGUUUAAUGAUGUUUGCUAUGGACAAAUUGUAAGAGAAAUCUGCUGGCUCAGUGUGGCUGACUUAAGAUGGGCUUUAAGUAAGCAGGAAAGUAAAUGGCUAUUUAUACAGAAAAUCCCAUUUGAUUAUGAUAAAAGGUUAUUAAAAUGCUUAAGAAUGGCAAUAACAGGAAGGGAGUAUGGACAGGGUUACUUUCCUUGAAAAGGACACAACUUGAUGAACACUUUACAAUUUAUUUCAAAUUCGUUUAAACCCUCGUUGUUCUUUUCUAAACACGUUUUGGUGCUCAUAGGAAUCAGAGCAGUUAUUUUAGACCUGAUUCUAGUAGACAUAAAUCUGCUGGGGCAAAUUGAUCCUGUUGACUAAAAAAUAUUACUAUUAUUACUUAUGAGGAAAGCAUCGAAGAUCACCGUAUAGCUAACUUUAGUGAUGAGAAAGUAAUGUACAAAAGGAGAUGUUCGUAGACAGCCAAGUGUUCUCAAUAGAGAAAUUAAUGAGAAGAAAGGAUUACUUUGUCCUCGUAGAAUUUCUGUCUUGAAGAAAAUAUUAGAUUAUGGAUUUUUAAGCUGCUUCCUACUAGUACCUGUAAUUAAAAAUUCUGUUUUAUCAUCGUUUAACAUAAGAUUAACUGAAAUCAUCCAACUCCUAUUAUCACUGAUACAGUCAGUCAUAGACUUGAUGGUAAAAUCAGCAUCUGCAGAUUGACUGGGGCUGAAUGAUACAUACAACUGUGUAUCGUCCGCGUAGCAGCGAACUUGUGGGAGGUGGCGUUCAACGAUCUGAAACAGUUUGCACGUGUAGAUAGUGAAAAGCAAGGGGCCCAAACAUGAUGAUGACCGAUGAUCAAACCUUUUAAUUUUUAAGGCUUACUUCCUGGCAAUUGUAAAAAGUGAAAGAGAAAUAGCAAAAAAUUCCAACUUCUAAUUAAAUCUUUUCUUAUGGUUGAGAGCAAAAUAUUCUCGAAACUGAGAGUGUUUUCAGAUCAAAGCUGUGUAAAUCGAACUGAAACAGUGCGUGGAACCUUGCGUUAACUGUUUUUUUACUCUCACCUAUUGUAUGGAAUAUGUGUGAAAAUCUUCAUUAUGAACGACCAAGAAUACCAUUGACCGACAAUAUGCAGAGCGGGGGCACAUAGGCGUACGGGCCGGG